GAGGAGCAGUUGCUAUGGUAAUCUAAAAAAGGCGGAGGUCCGUCCGGCUGUGCUGAGAGAUUCGCAGAACUACUGAAGAAAAUUGGCUGCUCUUCUUGGUUUGUGAGCUGAAAUUAGAAUGGCCGGCAAUCCUGGAAGUGAUGCAGCUUUGGGUACUCAGAAAUCAAUGUUCUCGGGGAGUCCCCGAACAAAGAAAUUUCCACUAACUGAGCAGGAGGCAUUUUAUAUGAACUGUAGAGCCGCCUACUUAACUAUCUUCAAAAGCAGCCUGGAAAACAUUAUUUCUAAGGAUCAACUUUACCUAGCUCUUCAACAUGCGGGAAGAAGUCCAUCUCAAAAGACUAUUAAUAAGUACUGGACUCCUCAAACUGCUAAACUGAAUUUUGAUGAUUUUUGUAUAAUUUUAAGCAAGGAAAAACCUACUUCAAAAGCAGAAUUGCUAAAAUCAUUUAAACAAUUAGAUGUGAAUGACGAUGGCUCCAUUCUACACUCUGACCUUCAUAAAUAUCUAACGAAGAGAGGUGAGAAGAUGACUAAGGAAGAAGUAAAUGCUGUGAUAAAUUUGGCUGAUGUAAAUGCUAAUGGAAAGUUUGACUACAUGAAGUUUUGUAAAUUAUAUAUGACAACCAGCGAGCAGUGUCUCAGGACUACUCUAGAGAGACUGGAGGCUGACAGUAAACUGAGACGCCAACAGUUUGGAAGCCACAUGGAAGGGUCCCCUGAAAGAGGCCCAUCUCCAGCACCAAAACCGUCACCUAGAAUCAUAAGAAAAAAUGACCAGGAAACCUUCUCAAGUAAAGGUGACGCGAGCCCUUCCUUGCUGUCAACAACUAGAAAGUUCAAAACAUCUGUUUCCUUCACAAUUACCAUGAGUGCUAAUAGUAACCGAGACUCAAAGUUAACAGAGCCAAACCUAAAGGACUGGCAGUAUGUGCAGUCAAAAGGCUGUUUCUUUUUAGAAGAAGAUGGUGAAGUCGUUAGUCAUCAGUACAAGAUGCACAUAGCUCAAAGAUCAGUGCUUUAUCUAACAAUUAAGCCAUUGAAUCUGAGUCAAGUUGAAGGAAAACGUCCCCCCUGGUUAUCUGUUGAUACGGCCUUAUAUAUUCUCAAAGAAAGUGAGGAGCAAGCAGAGCCACAGCUCAUGUGUUUUACUGAACUACGAAAUAGAGAAGUGUUUGGAUGGACUGGUGAACUAGGACCAGGAAUUUAUUGGUUAAUUCCUUCCACAACUGGCUGUAGACUAAAAAAAGAAGUAAAACCAGUAACAGAAGAAGCCCAACUUGUAUAUAGAGAUGAAACAGGGGAAUUAUUUCUUACAAGUGAAUUUAGGUCAACUUUAUCGGAGAUAUUUGAAGUCAUUGAUUUAGAUGGAAAUGGUCUUAUUAGCCUUGAGGAGUACAACUUUUUUGAAUUGCGAACAAGUGGUGAGAAGUGUGAUGAGGACGCGUGGGCUGUCUGUAGAGAAAACUUUGACACAAAGAAGAAUGAAUUAACAAGACAGGGAUUUAUGGACUUGCAUCUGAUGGAAGCCAAUGAUCGAGAAGGAGACCCUCUUGACCUGUGGGUGACUCUACACUCGAUGGGUUACAAUAAGGCUCUGGAGCUGACAGAGGCAUGCCCAUUUGUCAUCAAUAUCUAUGCAGAAAGAUGCAAGCCAAGAAUUAAAGCGAUCCAUAUGGAGGCAUGCAGUGGGCAACUUGAGAAGGCCAUUUGCAAGUCCGUCCUUGAUAGAAGUGAUGCUAAAGUCAUGGAUGGCUAUGAAAAUAUAAUUGUACAUACUUGCAAUUAUGACACCUGGAUAACAUCUAUCAUUGAAAAUAAGUCAGAUGACAAAGUGAUUAUUCACAUCAACAAUGAACUAAGUAAAAACUGUGUCAACAACAGAGGACUCAACGUCUUUGCAGUAGAAGUGGCUCCAAGAUCUACAAUGGUUUGUCAACAUGUAAUGCCCUUGAAUGAACGACAAGAAUGGAUAUAUUAUUGUGUGUUUUCCCUUAUAUCUUAAAUAAUUCCACUUGGAACUAUCAAACUAAGAAGUAUUUUAGAUCAAAUCUGUUAUUUAUUAACUAAAUGUUGUUCCAUGACACUGGUAUACUUAAUAAUCUGUUUCAUUUCUAUGCAUUUAUAUUUUAUGUCCAUGUUAUAUAUUUUAUUAUUAAAAUUCAAAUAGUGUUUUAAAAAUGUGUGGCUGUCUUGUUAAUUUAGUUGGAAAUAUACUUUUUUGUUUUUUAAUAAAGGAAAAUAAAAUUGUAGAUAGGAUUUUUAAAAGUAAUAUUCAGUGACUUCCAGACUAUAGACUUCUGGUUUGUUUUACAUGUAAAAAUACUAAGAGACAAUGUAAAUACAGAAAUAGCCAUUUAAGGGUCUAACUAUCAAAGAGCUAAAGUGGAGUGGAAGAAAACCAUUUC